AUUAAAAUAAUUAAUUAAGAAGCGCUCGACAUGAGCGAAGAACGCGAGCUUGACCCGAAUGGAGUUCUCCUCGCAAGAGGCGUUCUUAUCUUUGAGGGCGGUAACUAUGAUAGCUCGCAGGAUAAUUUCCAGCCCGUCCUGCGCAGACGUGGACGGCAACGGUUGGGUUCUACACAAGAUCACGAUCACGAUUACGUCCAUACGCCACCGGAACAAGAGCUAAUUAUAUUGCCCGCCUCACAGCGCCGCAGUGUCGAUGUAAUUCCUUGGCAGGAGGAAGAGGAGCAAUCUGAGGAUGAAGCGCAGCCAGAGCCGGAGCCGGAGCCCGAACCUACACCGGAACCACCUGUAGCUGACCAGCCAGUUGAGGUGCCAGAUGAUAUGAUACCUGAGGAUUCUAUUGAAGCCAUUCCACUAGAUAUUGACGAAGCUUCCAACUCAAACGAAGCACAAGAGCCCGAAGCAGCCGCUGAGCCUGCAGAAAUGGAAGAGACUGAACGCAUUAAUUUGGACACACCCUCACCGCCAAAGAAGCGCAAGCGUAUAUCCAAUAGUGCUACCAAGGCUGGGAGCACGCCCAUUGCAAAACUACCAACCAGUGAUGACGAAGACGACGGGACGACAUGCCCAAUAUGCUUGGACUCGUGGGAAAUGUCCGGCGAGCAUCGACUCGUCUCACUUCGCUGUGGCCAUCUGUUCGGCGAAAGCUGCAUAAGGCGCUGGCUGACAGAGAGCAUGCGUCAAUCAUCUGUGAAGGUGUGCCCUCAGUGCAAAACAAAGGCUACUAAUCGAGACAUGCGCUACCUCUAUGCUCGCAGGUUGCGAGCUAUUGAUCGCAGCGAGGAGCAUCGCUUGCGCAACGAGCUAGAUGCGGAAAAGCGUCGCACCCAAUCGCUAACUACCGAACUAGCCGCUGUAAAAAUGGCCCACACCCUAACCUUGAAUAAGUUCCAUAACCUGGAGAUGGAUAAUGCGCGACUACGGGACUUGGUACGUGCCGGCGGAGGUCGGGGUGCAUUUACCGAGACAGCAGGCAGCCAGAGCAAACCGCUUGGGUUGCUGCCCAGCUACAGACUGUACAUGGAGAAGAACUUUGAAAUAACACGUGAGCCUGGUUGUCGGGUCCUGCUCUAUUCGUCCCAGCAUUCCACUUUGGUUGCGUCGCAGAGAAGCUCGCAGAGUCUAUUUCCUGGCUACGGGAUGCGCUUCAUCGAUCCGCCCACCUUUAAGCCGCUGCAUUUCCUGCAUACCUCGGCUAUGCAGGUGCGCGAUGUUUGCUUCAGUACCGAUCAGAAUAUGUUAGCCGUGGCCAGUCGUGAGACGCGCGUUAAAGUUUUCGAUAUACGUUCGCGUCAAUGCAGCGCCGUCUUCUCGGCGAACGAUAAAAUGCUCUGGUCGUGCGGCAUGGAUCGCAACGAGCGCGAGAAUUUUCUAUAUUUGGGAGACUCUAGAGGCGUUACCUACGUGUAUGAUGUGCGCUUUCCCGACACAACGAUUAGUGAAUUUAAAGCUGAUGAUUGCCUAAGUCCUGUGAUAGAUAUAGCAUCGGUGCCGGCAAGCAAGACUUUUUGCAACGGCGGCUUUCUGGUCUGCCAAUUAACACUGCUCACCUUCUAUGAGUACGAAAAUGAGACGGCUGUGCCGUCCCGCCUCAACAUUGAGGGUCCUUUUUUAUCCAUGCACUAUGACGUGUCUCAGGACACGGUGCUGAUUUCAGUGCGCUCCAAUGCCCAAUAUCCGCAAUCGCGUUUCAUUCUUGGUAAACUUGCCAAGAUCGAUGGCACGCCGGUAUUUGAAAUAAAGGCAACGAUUUUGGGCGCUAAGGCCACUCCAGUCAUGACCCGGGCCACCCAGCUGGGUGUUGAGUCGAAUACGUUGGUCGUUGGCUAUCUGCAGGACAGCAAACAGCUGAUAUUGCACGAUGUGCGGCGUGAGGAGCGCGUUCAGACGUUACCAGUGAAUGAGGUGGUCUACGAUAUUUGUCCUGUGAGCACGCCAAGUGGUUCCUAUCUGGCAGCUUUGACAGACAAUAAAUGCCGUAUCUACAAACUCAACUCCUCAGGGGGUAAAUAAGUUAUACAAUUUUCUGUGAAAAUGUGCGUCAGUCAUUUUUUGUUAUAAUCAUAAGAUACUAGACUUUAGUAAGUUGAUUAAGUUAUUCCGUAGCAUGUUAACCUGUUUGCCUUUUAAGUGAGUGCCCCGGUAAUUAAAUUAAAAGAUCUUGCAAAUACGUUCUUUUCCAUAUACAUAUAUUUGUAUCACUUUACACUUCGAACAAUAUGCUGUAUUUAAUAGCGAGAUUUUUGAUUUCUAUCGCUUUCAUUUUGUGUUAAAUUUGUGUGCACGUUGAACUUACUGAUCAUGCCUCACCAUUUUAGAAAGAACUCUACAUACAUGUAUAAUUUGCAAACUUGUAUACUAUGUGAAUAAA